AUGUACAAACACUGGCAUGAAUACUCUCCGGAGGAGGACACAGUACUAUACACUGAGGACUUCAACCUCAUGGAAGUGCUGGGUGAAACGCCUGAAGGAGUCCGUCCUUCUGAACCAGCUGAAGAGGUGGAUGGACUAUGUGAACCAGCGGUGAAACUGGUCCCAGACUUUACAAAAACUCAACAGCUGGAGCGAGGGAGGUGUCAGAAGUUGGACACAACUCAAAAGUCGCUGCGUGAAAUUGACCGACCACAAGUGGUCGAUAAACGCCAACUAAGCAGAAAGUCUGAGGACGUGAGUAAGUGUCCUGAAGAAUCCAUUCUUGCCCUGAAAGUUGUGCAUCAAAUGAGCGUCCAACAGUUAAAGAAAGAGCUGGAGGACGUGAAGUUUGAUUUGCUCAACAAAACAAAGAAGAUCAUCGGUGCCCACAAGAUACAACUCGACCGGCAAGCCAAGGCAAAGCAGGACGUGGAGGAUGAACUGAGACGAGUGAGAGAAGAGAACACCUCUCUGCUCAAUGAGUCUAUGGAACUCAAGGCACAGAUCCAGUCAAGGAAUCAGGAAAUAGUGAGUCUGACAAGCCAGGUUACUGGACUCACAGACUUGACAGACAAACUGAAAGAAAAUUCUCUGCAACAAACCCAAGAAUGGCACUUGGAAAGGAAAUUCCUUUGCCUUCAAACAGAGGAAGCAAAGUCACAUCUCAUGAAGACUGAGGCAGAAAACACAAAGCUGCUUCAGAAGAAUGCUAGAUUUGAAGUUUCUUUGGGAAACCUCAAACAAGAGAUGGCAGCGCUUUCGAAGAGAUGUGGCGAACUGGAUGGGCAACUGCAAAAAGAGUCUCAGGACAAGACUCUGAUGCUGCAGGAAAUCCAGAAUAAAAACAUGGAGCUGGACGUGAUGAGAGACAUAAUCCUCAAGUCCAGGGACCGGGAGAUUGCGCUGAACCUGCAGGUACAAGAGGUUCAGAGGCAACUCCGAACAAAAGAAGACGCCAACAGUUUCCUGAACGAGUCACUGAAGGACUUGAAGCAGGAGCUGCGGCAGGAGAAGGAAGAGAAGGACGCCAUUUUGAGACAAUGUGAAGAUCUCAAAAAGGGUCAGAGCACAGUACAGCAAGAGUGUUCUCUGCUGGAGGUAAAGGUUAGUGCUUUGUCCCAAAAGCUUCUGAAAACAGAAGAGGACCGCUCUCUGUUGGAGGUCAAGGCAAGUACCUCAGCCCAAAAGCUAAAGGAAACAGAAGAGGACCGCUCUCUGUUGGAGGUUAAGGCCAAUACAUUAACCCAAAAGUUGCUGAAAACAGAAGAGGACCGCUCUCUGUUGGAGGUUAAGGCCAAUACAUUAACCCAAAAGUUGCUGAAAACAGAAGAGGACCGCUCUCUGUUGGAAGUUAAGGCCAGUACCUUAACCCAAAAGUUGCUGAAAACAGAAGAGGACCGCUCUCUGUUGGAGAAAAAGUCUGGUGCUUUGACCCAGAAACUCAUGGAGACACAAGAAGAGCGCUCCCUGCUGGAGGACAAGUGGUUGGCCGUGGAGCUCCAGUUGGAAAAGAAGCGUCGGAGGUGGUACAGGAAACUCGCAUGCUGCUAA